AGUGCAACCGAUAGAACUACCGAGUUACGGCACUGGAGAGAAAACUGCCUGAUUGCUACUGGGGUUGGAAGUGACAGCACUUCGGACAGCUUGGCAGACAUUGAUAGUGAUCCUGAAUCAAUUGCAAGGCCGAGCUCAUCAGCAAGUCCUUCAACUCCAGGAGCAGAUGAACUUGAUGACAGUCUUAGCGAAGGAUCAGACGAAAACAGUCCUAAUCCCAUCUGCCCAGAACUUGAAGCAGCUGUUGAAGCUGUGGAACGUCAAAGUACGGAACCUCUCAACCCUCUCAAAAAAAUUAUUCUUACAGCAGUUCUUGACGCUCUGAAAAUUAUGGAUGAAAGUGGAUCAUCUGUUAAAACCUUUGAUGACAUUUUGAGGUAUGGAAAAACGAUGUUGUACACUUUAAUUGAUGGCAAUGUUGACCUUGAUGUUUUGAGUACUAUGUGGCUCAAAAAUUGGAAUGAUGUUCAACUUUUAUUGAAGGAAGAAGGUUUUGAAGACGCUAAGGAAUAUAUCAUAUGUUUUUGUCGUAUCGAAAAGGUAAUUACAAGAAAUGGUAAAACACAUACCAAAUUUGUUUACAGUGGAAAUUUCAGCAUCAUGGAUAGCAAGGGUGCUUGUUGUACUCACUGUGGAAAUAAAGGCUAUCUCAAAUAUUACUAUUUGGGAUUGGAAAGUAAGAUUAAAAACUGGUUCAAAACUGAACCAAUGUGCAAAAAAAUGCUCUCUCAUUGGAACGAAAGAGAACACUGGCUUGGUAGAGAGGAAAGUUGCCCACUAAAGGAAGAGUUUUGGGAUGGUCAACGGUGGAUAGAUCUUCAGUGGUUUUGGGACCCUAGCAAGAUUUGGCCACUUCCAACUGUCUGUGUUGAUUGUAGUACCAUAAUAUCUGUGGAUCAUUUGACUACCUCCCCUGAGGGAAUUUAUAAUUUGAAUUGUGACAUGCCCUGGAUGCUUUGAAACUUUCCACCAUUCUAUGAAAAUGGCAAGAGGUUCCCCCAUUGAACUUGGCCCUCAUAGGCCACUGGGAUUGGUGGCAACCAUUUGGAAUAAGUUUCAGAGGAUGUGGUUCCAUUGAACUUUCCAUCGCUAACAUGAAAAAGACAUGUUGGCGAAGUGUACGUUGUUGGCUUUGUCCCUUGUUCUGACCUACCUAAGGAUUUACCAGAGUAUUUAGAUCCUUUUCUCAAACCACUUAUGGAUGAUCUUUGUAACGGAUUUCUUUCGGGUUAUAACAUUCCUUAUCCUCUACAGUUUACAAGUGAUGAAUUUCAUUCUUCUGAAACUGAAAUUAUCCGGUUAUUGCUUUUAUGUUGGACAGGAGACCACCCAGGGCAGUGUGAAGUCGGCAAGUUUCUCAGUCAAGGAAAAUGUGGAUGUAGAAGAGAGAAACUCCAUGGACAACAACUACAAAAUUCAUCUAACACUCACUACUAUUAUGGGAACAACAGAUAUCAUGGUCGCUACCCGUGGGAAAAACUGCAAAUUGAGAAGGAGUUGGAAAACCUAUAUGACAUUGAAAAUGAGACAAGAACAAGUGUGAGAAAAGCAUUGUCAUCAAAACUUGGUUUCACUGGAAUAUCACAGCUUCACAAGGUUUUGUAUCCUUUAUAUAAAUUUGAUAUCACAAGGAACAUGGUUUAUGAUGUUUAUCACACUAUUCCUCUAAAUGUUGUUAAAAAUCAACUGACCAGACUACUGCAACUUGAAUUGGUGGACACAGAGUACCUUGACAAGCAAAUAAGAGAUUUUCCUUGGAGCAAAGAGUUAAAGGAUGGAAGACUUCUAAGACCAGUUGGCAAGGAAUGCAAAGGGAUUGGCCAUUGGAAAGCAGAGGGGCUUCAGAAAUUUUCUUUUCCCAUGACAAAUUCUAUAUUUGAAGAUAAA